AUGAAGUCUGUCGCUAUUCUCUGCGCUGCUUUGGCCUCUGUCGCCAUUGCCAAACCCCAUGGCAAGCAUGCCGCUCAUGUCAAAGCCCACAACAAGCGCGCGCUUGUGACUGAGUGGGUUACCGAGUGGAAGACGGAGACUGUCGUCGAGUUCAUCGACGUCACUGCCACUUCGUACCUCACCCAGGGUGCCGCCGAGACUCCUGCUGCCAGCCCUGCGGCAGCCACCAACGUUCCCGGCCAGUUCUUCGAAGGAGGGCACAGCUCUGUUGCUCCUCCCCCUCCCCCUCCCCCUCCGCCUGCCUCUCCCUCUUCUUCUCCGGACACCGCAAACACCCCUUAUGUCGAGCCGCCCAAACCCUCCACCCCUCCGGCCGUUCAGAGUCCUGUUUACACACCGCCGGCCCCGAAGCCUGCUCCCCCUGCAGAGACCCCAUCCGUCGCUGCACCACCUGCCUCGUCGACCUACAGCUCUGGCGGCUCUGGCAGCUCCGGCGCCUCCAGCAAGGGCAGUGGCUCUAGCCUCUUCACAGGCGCUAUGACUUACUAUACUGUCGGAAUGGGCGCAUGUGGCUUUAAUGACGCCGGCAAAGACAUGACCGAAAACAUCGUCGCCAUUUCCAAGGAUCAGAUGGGCGAGCAGAGCAAUGGCAACCCGCUCUGUGGCAAGACCAUCACCAUCACCCACGGUGGCAAGUCUGUCCAGGCCACUAUCCGCGACAAGUGCAUGGGCUGCGCCUCUGGCGAGAUCGAUGUCAGCGAGAAGGUCUUCAUCGACAUCUUUGGUUCGCUUGACGUCGGACGCAGCCCCGUUGACUGGACCUUUAACUAA